AAAUCUCAAAUCUCUUCAAAAUGGAAUGAACGGUAUUUUUCAUUUCAACACAACAACUACAAUUAAACAGAAGUGUAACAACUCUGUUAACAUCUCAUUAUUAUUAGAACUAAAACUUUAGAUAAACCAUUUUACACUCUUUACGAUUAACCCUUAUAUACUCUCGGGAAAUCUAAACUAGUUUGAAGACUAAUAAUAAGAAAUAUUCUAUAAAGUCUUCUUAGAAGGAAGGGGGUAAACUGUUAAGGUUAGUGAAAACAUUCAUAAGAAUAUUAAAAUAAACCAUAUUGCAACUAUAAACCAAAAUGAAAGAAUAAUUUUUCAAUAGUUUUUUGGUUAUUUGAUCUAUUCCUUUAUACCUUAACAGCAUUAUUAAAGAUUUGUUAUGGAAAUAGAAGAUGCGAAUAUAGUGUAAAGGUAGAAAUUAAUUAUUGAGUUUGAUUCAUCGAUAAUCAAUAUUUUUUGGAAAGAUCAAUUUGUUUUUCAAACAUUGUUAAAUCAGCUGGUUGAAGACUCAAAUGUUUGAUGCAAAUGUUUUAAUGUUUCUAUUUUAUUAAGUUUUUAUAGGAUUCAACAUAGUACUCACUUUUAAGAAUUACUUUAUGUGAUAAUCUUUGGAGUAUGAAGACCAUAAAUCCCUUUCUCUCUCAAUUAAUAGAAUUAAUAAUUCCAAAUUUAACUCUAUAAUGCAGUUAAAAUAAAAUCUAAUAUGAUAAUUAUCAAUAAAUGAUUAAAAUAAUUUAUAAUAUUUCGAAUUUAAGAAUUCAGAAUAGUGUGUAUUGCGAGUUUAAGAAUCCAGAAUAGUGUAUGAUUUAAUAAUGUAAUUUUUAUUAUUAAUUUAAGCAGGCGGUCACUUUUGUUUUUUUAAAAAAUAUCAUUCUUGUCAGAAUUUAAAAUAAACACAACGUUAAUGAUUGUUGAAACUAGAUAUCCUAAAAAUAAACGUACAUAGUGACUGGGAAUUAGAUUUA